AUGGCUUUGGUGGGCGAAGCAUUUCUCUCGGCUUCCAUUGAAGUUUUGCUUGAUCGGAUUGUUUCUUCCGAUGUUUCCAACUUUAUCAGGGGAAAGAAGGAACUCCAAGCUGUGCUUCUCAACAAACUGAAGCCUACCUUGAUGUCGGUGAAAGUGUUGCUGGAUGAUGCUGAAACGAAGCAGAUUACCAACCCAAAUGUCCGAAGUUGGAUUCUUGAGCUCAAAGAUGCUGUUUAUGAUGCGGAGGACCUGCUUGAUGAGAUUGCAACUCAAGCUCUUCGACGCAAGAUGGAAUCCCAUGAUCAGACUACUGCUGUAGUGCAGGUAACUUCCUUUUUCUCUUCUUUGAUUCCUUUCAAAGAUGGGAUGGUGUCGAAUCUGAAGGAGAUCCUUGGGAGACGAUUUUUGACUAUAACAGUCCGGUGUUUGAAAGUAAAUUGUGGGAGAGAAAAGGCAUUUCAAAGACCACCUGCAACUUCUAUGGUGGAUGAGUCUGCUGUCUAUGGCAGAGAUGGUGAAAAAGAAGAAAUAUUGAGGUUGUUGAACCCUCAAAAUCCCACCGAAUAUCCUAUAGACGUCAUUCCCAUUGUGGGUAUGGGUGGUCUGGGAAAGACCACCCUUGCUCAAUUGAUCUACAACGACUCAAGGGUGGAUGACUGGUUUGACAUCAAAGCAUGGGUUUGUGUUUCUGAAGAAUUUGAUGCUUUCAGUGUCACCAAAACCCUUCUUGAAAUGAUUACUCGUAGCAGCGACGAUAGCCAGAGCUUAAAUCAGCUUCAGCUUCAACUAAAAGAGAAGCUGUCGGGAAAGAAAUUUCUAUUCGUUUUGGACGAUGUUUGGAAUGAAAAUUAUGUUGACUGGUAUGUUACCUAUGUUAUGAAGACUGUUCCAACUUAUCGUCUUGAAACUUUAUCCGGUGAUGAUUGCUGGAAGCUAUUUGCAAGGCAUGCAUUUGUUGGUACAAACCCAGGCAAUCAUCCAAAGCUGAAGGCCACAGGUGAAGCAAUUGUUAGAAGAUGUGACGGUCUCCCUCUGGCUGCAAAAACUCUCGGAGGUCUCUUACGUUGCAAACUAGACGCUGCUGAAUGGAACAAAAUAUUACAUAGCAAUUUUUGGGACAUACCAAAUGAUGUGAGCAAUAUUCUUCCUGCACUGAGAUUGAGUUAUUAUCAUCUUCCCUCCCAUUUGAAGCGUUGUUUUGCGUAUUGUUCAAUUUUUCCGAAAGACUAUGAAUUCCAAAAGGAUGAACUUAUUCGCUUAUGGAUGGCCGAAGGUCUUUUAGAUUGUCCCGGAGACAAUGGCGAUCUGGAAGAACAAGGUAACGAGUACUUCAAAGAUCUGACAUUGAGGUCGUUUUUUCAACAAUCCAAAGGGAGGAAAUCUUGUUUCAUCAUGCACGAUCUUAUCAGUGACUUGGCUAAAUCUGUCACGAGAGAAUUUAUUUGUAGAUUAGAAGGUAGUGGUGGUUCUUCUGAAAUAACCGAAAAGACUCAUCAUUUGUCCAAUGUCCGAGAACGAUAUGAUUUGAGAAAGAAAUUCGAGACUGUACCUAAAGCAAAAGCUCUGCGUACAUUCCUAACUGUUGGACCAGCAUGGCAAUGGCGUCCAUGUGUUACCAAUGAUCUAAUGCGUGAUUUGUUGGUGAAGUCAAGCUUACGGGUUCUUUCUUUUGCUAGGUAUUUCAAUAUCAAUGAAUUGCCGGAAGAAGUUGGUAAUUUGAAGCAUUUGCGGAAUUUGGAUCUCUCAGAAACAUCAAUGAAAAGGUUGCCAAACUCUUUGAGUGCAUUGUUUAAUUUACAGACCUUAACAUUGUUUUACUGCAGCAAACUUAUUGAGUUGCCAAAAGACAUGAGGAGAUUGGUGAACAUGCAUUAUCUUGAUAUUAGGGGAACACGUUUAUCAAGGAUGCCAGAGGGAUUCGGUGAGUUGAAAGAUCUUCGAAUAUUAACAGAUUAUGUUUUAGACGAUCACAAUGGUUCAAGCAUUAAUGAGUUGGGAAAAGUGAAGCAUCUACGUGGAGGAAUUGUCAUUUCAGGUCUAAAAACUGUUGCACGUGCAGUAGAUGCCAAAGAUGCCAAUUUGAAGGAUAAGAUGAAUCUUGAGGUGUUGGAGUUGAUAUGGGGUGCAAAUAAUGAUAAUUAUUCAAAGCAUGAUAGUGAAGUUCUUGAACAAUUGGAGCCUCAUUUAAACUUGGAGGGUCUUGUUAUUAAAAGUUAUAAUGGCACGAGAUUUCCGGAAUGGGUGGGACAUUCUUCCUACUCAAACAUGGUAUCUUUGAGUUUAACAGAUUGCAGGUUUUGCCAGUCUUUGCCACCACUUGGGCAAUUAUCAUCUUUGAAAUCUCUUUACAUUUCUGGGUUCAGUGGAGUGGUUACAGUGGGUGGUGAGUUCUACGGGAAUGGACACACUUCGACUAUACCAUUUGUAUCUCUUGAAACCUUAUGCUUUGAGAAAAUGUCAGAGUGGGAAGUAUGGUUAUGUGGGAGUGAUGAUGAAGCAUUCCCCCUUCUGCAAGAUCUACGCAUUAGUGAUUGUCCGAAGCUAACCAAGUCUCUUCCCAAAGAUCUCCAUUCUUUAAAGAAACUUGUGAUUAAGCAUUGUGGAAAUCUUGGAGGUGUUCUUCCCAUGGCACCAAGUGCCUGUGAACUCGAGUUAGGUGGAUGUGAUGCAUUACAAUUGGAGCCAUUGCCUUGCGGACUUCGAAAGUUGCGAAUUGGAGGUUCAACUAUGAAUGAUUCCAUGUUGGAACAUAUUUUGCAACAAUGCACUCAUCUCGACGAGUUACUAAUGUGGGAUUGUUCUGAUAUCAGAUCCCUUCCAGAAGUUCUUGUGUCUAUGACGCUGAAGCAAUUGGACAUCCGAAGGUGCGAAGUCUUGGAUUAUUCGAAAAUAUUAUUGUAUACAUCCCUUGAAUCCUUGAAUAUGGAGGGCAGUAAGUGUCAUCCAAUUGUAGAAUUAUGCUUGCCACUAGGAUCGUUUCCUUUGCUGAAACGUGUUUCUAUAAGGAGAUGUGAAGACAUGAAGUUUAUUGGUGCUUUAGGAGGCGCUCAUCGCCAGCAUCCAGCAUGUCUCGAUUCUUUGACUAUCGCAUCAUGCCUAAACUUGAUAUCGUUGGGAAUUGAAGAUGGAUUAUGUGUCACCAAUUUGACCCGACUUUGGCUUUGGGAUUGCAUAGGUUUAAAGUCAUUACCGGAGCAAAUGAAGUCAGUCUUUCCAUCCCUGGUGUCGUUAGAAAUAGAAAAUUGUCCAGAAAUAGAAUCGGUUCCAAAAGCGGGUUUGCCCUCCAAAUUAAAAGAAAUCAGAAUCUUUGGGAGUGAUAAACUAGUUGGGAGCUUGAUCUGUGGGAAAAGGGAAUGGAGUUUGCAAAGGCUCCCUUCACUUUCGUAUUUCUGUUUCUCAGGUCAAGAGUUGGACAUGGAAUGUUUUCCGGAUGAACUUACGUUACCCUCUUCUCUUGAAUCUCUGUCUGUCAAUAAUCUUCAAAAUCUGGAGCGUUUCGAUUACAGGGGCCUUCAACACCUCACCUCUCUUUCUCAGUUGAAUAUCAACAACUGUCCGAAGCUUCGGUCUGCGCCGGAAAAGAUGCCCCUUCCCUCUCUGUCUCGCUUGUCCAUUCGAGGCUGUCCGUUGCUGAAGGAACAUUGGCGAAAGGAGAAAGUCGGAGAUUGGUCCAACAUUUCCCACAUCCCUCACAUUAUAAUUGACGGCCAUCACUUCAUGUAGAACGGCAAGGAUAGA